AUGUAUUAGCCACCUCUCAAAGAGCUAUUGUCUUCUGUCACAGCUUUUGACUCCUUUGAUCGUCCACAAUGGCCGUCUCCCGACGGGGGUAUCGCUCUUCUUACCGCUCCGAGUACACAUGGCCCUUGGCCCCGGUCACAUUAGGGGAAAGCCUUGGAGAUGUUAUCGGUGUCGAUGUGCAUUCUACGUGUGUGGGGUAUGCUGUAUCUAGAGGCCGCGGUUGUCACAAUCGGAUUGCCCGACAUAACCGGGCUUAUGCCGCUGAUCUGCUUGCCGAAGGUACAGCUCUUCUUCGCAAUGCACAAAGUGUCUCUGAAAUCUUGAGAGAACUGGCACCCGUUAUGCUCUGCCGAAAGGAUCAUCAGAAUCAAGCCUAUUCCGUGGUAAACCGCUGGGAGCGCGAUGUUGCCGAUUACCUGCGAAGCCAAGGCAAUGGGCUUGCAGCAGAAAUGCGGAACUAUACGCCGGGAUCUAUAUCUUCAUCGAGGCAACGCCAUCGGCUUUCUACGGAGAAUGAUUUCGAUCGAUUCAGAACAGCCAGAUCGAGAUAUUCUCCUUCUUCAACCGAUAGCGCAGUCUUUACGUACAGGUCUACUCUCAUCAGUCCUCCUGCAACUCCUGUUCGCCGUGCAACUCCUUCUUCAACCAGUAGCGCAGUCUUUACGUACAGGUCUGCUCUCAUAAGUCCUCCUGCAACUCCUGCUCCCCGCACAGCCUCUCCUCGCCGUACUAUUCCUACUCCCAGUGCAACUCCUGCUUCCCCUGCAAUUCUUCCUUCAACCUAUAAUCCAACCCCUACGUCCGGGUCUGUUUUCGUUAGUCCUCCUGCAACCCCUUAUCCCCGCGCAACUCCUUCUCCACGGCUGGUCCACACCUUUCAGAGGAGUUCACAGCGUUCCUUGAUAGAGAGUCAUUCAACUGCUCCUAAUGAACCGGCACCGCCAGCGAUUGAAGCCAAUCAUUCAGCAUCAGCAACACGUGCAACCAGGAAACGUGUAACAUCCGAUCAAGAAUGCAUGAUCUGUCAUGAGCGCCUUAUUGAUAGGUUGGCAGUACCGAGUUGUCACGGCACCUCAAACCGUUCCUCUAUAGCAUGGUGCAUGGCUCGAUGCGGUUCAAAUUUUCACGCAGACUGUAUAAAUUUAUGGAGGGAGACAUGCCUAGGAGGUUUAUCAUCGAGUUUGUGGUCCACACCAAGGGAAGCUAGUUGUCCAUGUUGUCGAGCUGAAUGGGUGGACUCCGAUGACUUCUCGUACCCCGAGCUUGAGGAAGAUGACGUAACGGAAUCCGCGAAUAAUCACAGUAGCCUCAAUGAUACCCGCCACAAUCACCGGCAGUCUCCUCAAGAUGAGAUUCUGGAAGGAGCCGAGCAGGUAGGAGCAGUAGAAGAGACAGGCGAAGUAGUUGAAGAAGUCGAAGAAGUUGAUGAAGUGGAAGAAGUGGAAGGUGAAAGGACUGAAGAAGAUGAAGAAGUUGAAGAGGUGGAAGAAGUCAAAGAAGAUGAAGAAGUGGAAGAAGUCAAAGAAGGUGAAGAAGGUGAAGAGGUGGAAGAAGUUGAAGAGGUGGAAGAAGUUGAAGAGGUGGAAGAAGUUGAAGAGGUGGAAGAAGUUGAAGAAGUCGAAGAAGGUGAAGAAGGUGAAGAGGUGGAAGAAGUUGAAGAGGUGGAAGAAGUUGAAGAAGUCGAAGAAGGUGAAGAAGGUGAAGAGGUGGAAGAAGUCGAAGAAGUCGAAGAAGUUGAAGGUGAAAGGAUUGAAGAAGUCGAAGAAGUUGAAGGUGAAAGGAUUGAAGAAGUGGAAGAAGUCGAAGAAGUCGAAGAAGUUGAAGGUGAAAGGAUUGAAGAAGUCGAAGAAGUUGAAGGUGAAAGGAUUGAAGAAGUGGAAGAAGUCGAAGAAGUCGAAGAAGUUGAAGGUGAAAGGAUUGAAGAAGUCGAAGAAGUUGAAGGUGAAAGGAUUGAAGAAGUGGAAGAAGUCGAAGAAGUCGAAGAAGUUGAAGGUGAAAGGAUUGAAGAAGUCGAAGAAGUUGAAGGUGAAAGGAUUGAAGAAGUGGAAGAAGUCGAAGAAGUCGAAGAAGUUGAAGAAGUCGAAGAAGUCGAAGAAGGUGAAGGUAAAAAGGCUGAAGAAGUCGAAGAGCAAGAAAAGGAAGACGUAGAAAUAGAAGAGCAGAGCAAAAGAGGGGAAGGAAAUCAGGAAGCAGACAACGACGAAGCAAUAGACUCAGAAUCGGCCUUCACCGAGGGAACUGUCGAGCAGAUUACAGCAGGUCAAGAGGCAGAUAACUUGCUCGAUGACUCUGCGGACGAUGUUGAAGCCCAGGUUACUGUGCUAGGUGGACAAGAAAAACAGCCAUCAACGUUGGGGCGUAUGUCAAAAGAUGGGCCUCCGCCUCAGAUGGAGGAGUUAAAUAUCGGCGGUUCCUUUGAUGCCAUUUUUCUGCUUUUGCGAAUGGUGUUGUGUCUUUGAUAUCGUGUAAUUUUGCAUAGAGGGACCACGGAAAGGGCGCUUCAACAGGAGGAAAGUUGAUUUGCAAAUAGCAUAUGUCGCCAAUGUAGAAUAUAGCCAUGCUUCCUAUCGGCC